GAGGAGGCACAGAAAAGGGCUUUUCAACAAUUGCAAGCGGCUAAGGAUUUCCGCACUCAGCAUGUAUCGCGCAAUAUCAUUCUGGUCCAAGCGGAACUGGCUCGGCUUACUGCCAUCGAGCUGGACAAUCGACAGCGACGCACUGACGAGCGAUCUGAGGCGGCUGGAAAUGCUCUUCUGGCGGCAAGGACGCGUUUGCUUGACUUGCUGACUCAAUUAUUCGAGGAGCGCAGCAAGCGCGAGGUGGAGCUUAAAAAGCGUUUGGCUUAUCAUUCCAAAUUCAUAACUUGA